GUCUCGCUCCCUCUCUUGACUCUUCAAAUCUUAAAUAAUCCCACCCUCUCCGCCAAGCCUUUCCCAUUUACGGUCUUUCCCUCGGGCUUCGGGCGUGGCCAUCUAGAUCAGUUGAAAUUGCUAAUGCCACCCUGACGACGCCUCAUCGAAACGCAUGGCGUACCGGAGGAGCAGCUAUUGUUUUUCAAGGGCGGACCUAACUCAUGGACUCUUGGACAGGAAGGAAAAGGCCAUGGGAGGAAGACAACCCAAUCGACUUCCAAUUCAAGCGCCGGGGUUCGAGUACAAACACUGGCGAGCGCCGUCCUCCCCCGCUCCCGCAACCUGCCGGCCACUAUUCUCGUGACAGCCAGACCCCGGACCAUCGAACGCUACCUCCGCUGUAUACACCCUCCUGCAGCGCAUCAGCAGAACAGCUCGCGUCGAGUUCAUUACGAGCGCCUCCCCUGGUUCAGGCAGCGCCGGAACUUGGCAAACCAAGACCCAGAUCACAAUCUCUUUUUGAUGUCUUCCAGCAGCCUACACGGCAAGGGCAGGAUAUCGACUCAGAACACACAAAAGCCUUUCCUGGAGCGCUUGGCUUGGAUCGAUCUCUCCCACCUAUCGGUAACGACCCCCACCGUCCUCAUUUCGACACCGAUCCAGCGCCUCAUGCAGUGGGGGCAUUGAUUUGUUGUCCGUCCAAUUGCGAAGGUCAACCAUGUUCAAGCACCCGCACUUUAAUGCGCAAACUUGCUUCCGAGCUGAUAGACCUGGACACCAAGCACUAGGGAUUCCCUUCAAUGGGCCCUUGAUCUCGUGCAAUGGAAUAAUUUCAAACUUCGAACACUUAUAGUUUCAUCGACCUCCCGCAGUCCUGUUCAGAGCCCAUCUCAUGCAGAUUCCCCAGCCAUGCGGAGAGGACAAUAUCACCUCGAUCGCGAGGAGCAAUCGCCCCCAUCAAGACAACUUCCUGGCCCCCAUCAGGGAUACUCUGGGUUUACCCACCCACCCGCCAUACUUGAGGACAGUCGACGAAAUCCCUACAGUAGUGAUAUAGCCCCAAUGGCUAACUCCCCACAUCACACAGCCUCGUCUUCUGGUUCAAUUUUCAUGC